AGUAUCCUGAGAAUUUCGAGUGAGAAGCAACCAAAAAAGAGGAGAGAGAAAGAGAGAGACAAGCGUUUCAGAGAGAGAGAGAAUUCUUGUUCUGAGCCGUCUCCGCUGCUCCUCCCUCCCACAAACCCCUUCAUCUUCGUCUCUCUCUUUCUCUUUCCGUGAUCUGAUCGCUGAAAUUUUUGGAAAUUCCUUCACAUUUUCGAAUCCUUUUCGUCGUCGUUGUUGUUUCUUGAUUCCAGCUCUUUAACUCGACGAAAGUUUUUUGAUCGCUUUUGUACAUUUCCCCCCUUUUGUUCAUCGAUUAACCUUUCGACUUCGCGCUCAGAAAACCCUAACUCGCAGUUUUUUUGUUUGUUUGUUUGUUGUUAUGGCUGCUACUAAUUUAUCUGAUAACAAUCCUGCAAUGGCCACCGCCCCCGCCCAUCAUUCUCGUCACUCCGGUCAAAACGUAAGUAGCCCUAAAUCACGCCGCUCCACUCGCCCAGUGUCGUCGCCGUGGACUCAGAUUGUCCGUGGUGAGUUGGAAAUUCCUGCUGUUGUUCCGUCUUCUCCAGCGAACAUGACAUCUUCGGCGGCUAUUGUUGAACCGCGUUCUUCUUUCCCUUCUUCUUCACCGUCCUCUUCUUUAGCUGUGGAAGAACCAGCUGGAGCUGAGAGAUCAGAGAGUGGGAAUGAGUCACUGUCCAAUGCGGGAAAUAAGCCCGCCUGGAAUAAGCUGUCUAAUGGGGCCGUGGAGGUAGGGCCUGUUAUGGGGGCUGUAUCUUGGCCAGCCUUAUCAGAGUCCACUCGGUUUUCAACUAAAUCGUCUUUGGAAUCACCGAAAGAUUCAGUGGAUGGAUCUAUUGGCCCUGCAUGCGAGGGGAUAGGGAAUCCACCAUCCUUGCCAUAUAAAGAAUGUAAUAGUGCAAGUCCAAUUUCGAAUCCAAAUCCAAAUCCAGCUCCAACUCCGACACUAACUCCAACCCUAACUCCAACUCAUCGUCAGAAGUCGAUGAAACGUAGUGGUGCUAGCAAUUCACACAGUGGUGGUGUCUCUCAACAGUCGACAACUCCAGGUUCCAUAAUUGAUACAACUCCUAGUAAUCCAUCCUCUAAGGAGCACAUUCAGAGGAGUUCAUUUGCUUCGCAAUCACAAAAUGAUCAUAGCUAUCAACAUCAACGUAAUUCAUUUAGUCGUCGUGGGUCUGGUUAUCCACGUGGUGAUAGUUCUCACCAUCACAAUCAUGGCUCCAGGCGUGAUCAUGAUCGUGGAAACCAUGAUUGGAAUCCCCAUCGUAAUUAUGGACAGCCUCAGAGAGUUGUUCAAAGAUAUAUAAGGCCUCCACCCCCCCCUAGUAAUGCUACCUUUGUUCCUUCAUCUAUGAGGCCUCUUGGGGGUCCUAUACCUUUCCACGAAUUUGUGCCUCCAGUGGUAUAUGUCGCAGCUCCUCCUCAGGAGGCCCUUAGAAGUGUACCUUUUGUGGCUCCAAUACCACCUAACGCAGUGUUUUUUCCUGCUUCAGACCCUCAGUUAUAUGCUAGGAUAGUCCAUCAGAUAGAAUACUAUUUCAGCGAUGGGAACUUAGUAAAAGAUACUUUCUUGAGAGGGAAGAUGGAUGAAGAUGGAUGGGUUCCAAUUCAUUUGGUGGCCAGCUUCAAAAUGGUUCGAUCUCUAACUGACAAUAUCCCAGUAAUAUUGGAUGCGUUGCGGAUGAUAUCCACUUCAUUAGAAGUACAGGGGGAUAAGGUGAGGAGGCGAAAUGAUUAUAGCAAAUGGAUAAUGCUACCUUCAACUCAAACUUCUAAUGACGUUGCCCCAUUAAGCCCAGCAAACUCCAGUCAAGAUUUGCUGGCUGCUGGUGUUCAGAGUAUCACGUUAGAGACUUACAGCGGUACAGAAAGUUGGGGUGAUUUCCAUGUCGAGGCUCUGCAAAGUCAAUCACCUCGGAAUUUCAAUAGCCAGUCACAGCCCUUAGGUACAGGCAAGCCAAAUAUUGGCACAGGUUUGGAUCACUCCUUUUCUGCAAGGAAUUAGACCUUAUACAUGCUGAAGCCCAUGUCUUUUAUGAGAACAAAAACAAAAACAUAUUUACAUAUAUGGGUAGUAGAAACUAUGGAGAUAAGUUAUAACACUGGGUUCUGUUAAAUAUGGAUGCCUUCUUGAUGCACGAUGAAUCUUUUUUCUCUCGUGCGCCUUGGUAAAGAAGGCAAACUGUGGCAAAUAAGGAGGCAAAAUGAAGGUAGUAAAAAAGAGAAAUAACUCUAGAAAGAUAAAAAUUACUCAAAACAUUUUCUUUUAACGGGGCAACUAAAGGGAUCCAUUUAUGGUUUUGUGGGAUGUUGCCUUUGCCUUUGUUACUUAAAUUUAUUCUCUUUGUGCUCCUUGGUGAUGGGCAAUACUUUUGCCAUGGAGAAUCUUGAUUGCUUCUCCAUGCUGGUGCCCCCAGCUGGUUUUUCUUUUUGAUAUCCUUGGAGGCAGAAAACCUUGAGUCGUCAGGAAAAAGACAAAAAUGGUUCUGCAAAGGAAGUAAAGAUGCUGGCUGAUCUUCUUCGUCGUUAAUUUAUAGAGAUUGGCCGUCUUUGGAUGCUCUGAUUGCAGCUCUGCUCCAUCUUGAAGACUUUUUCUUUUUUCUUUUUCUCCCUUUUUUUUUCUCUCAAGACUUAUCUUUUGCUCUCUAAAUGUCAAAUGGAAUAACUUUGCAUACUUUUUUAAUAUUAGACUGCAUAAAAUGUGCCUCUGUGGAUACAGGUUCUGGUUGGCGCAUCUUGUUAUGAACUUUAUUUCCCAUU